GCACCGCCACCUGGUCCAGAGAGUCCCCCGAGGGGACCUAGAGGCUCCGCUCGAGCCGGGCGCUCACUGUGGGGCCGCGGAGGGAGCGCGGGCCAGGGAGGAGGAGCGAAGGUGUAGGACAGAACUUCGCCAGGAACAGGAAACCUACGGCAGGGCAGAGGCGGCGACGGCGGCGCGGGGCCAUCGCGGUGUCCCCAGCAGUGGCCUCGCUGCUGCGCGCCAGGCUGAGCCGUUCGGACUCCUUGGACUCCACUUUUCUGAGCUCACCGUUGCGCGCAGCGGAGACAGCGGGGACGGCCACAGGAGCGUGAAGCAGCAUGUCUGACAAAAUGUCCAGCUUCCUCUACAUUGGGGACAUCGUGUCCCUCUACGCGGAGGGCUCGGUCAACGGCUUCAUCAGCACCCUGGGGCUGGUGGACGACCGCUGCGUGGUGCACCCAGAGGCAGGGGACCUUGCCAACCCACCCAAGAAGUUCCGAGACUGCCUUUUCAAGGUGUGCCCUAUGAAUCGAUACUCUGCCCAGAAGCAAUACUGGAAAGCCAAGCAGGCGAAGCAAGGAAACCACACGGAAGCUGCCUUGCUGAAGAAGCUCCAGCAUGCUGCGGAACUGGAACAAAAGCAGAAUGAAUCAGAGAACAGGAAACUUUUGGGAGAAAUCGUGAAAUACAGCAAUGUUAUACAACUGCUUCAUAUAAAAAGCAACAAGUACCUGACUGUCAACAAGAGGUUACCCGCUUUGCUGGAGAAGAACGCCAUGCGUGUGUCACUGGAUGCUGCCGGGAAUGAAGGGUCCUGGUUCUACAUCCACCCCUUCUGGAAGCUGAGGAGCGAGGGUGAUAAUAUCGUUGUAGGAGAUAAAGUCGUUCUGAUGCCCGUAAACGCUGGGCAGCCCCUGCACGCCAGCAACGUGGAGCUCCUGGACAAUCCCGGCUGCAAAGAGGUGAAUGCUGUCAAUUGUAACACUAGCUGGAAAAUCACUUUAUUCAUGAAAUUCAGCUCCUAUCGAGAGGAUGUAUUGAAAGGGGGUGAUGUUGUGAGAUUGUUUCACGCCGAACAAGAGAAGUUUCUGACCUGUGAUGACUAUGAGAAAAAACAGCACAUUUUUCUUCGAACAACCUUACGUCAAUCAGCAACUUCAGCUACUAGCUCUAAAGCACUCUGGGAAAUAGAGGUGGUUCACCACGAUCCGUGCCGGGGUGGUGCAGGACAGUGGAACAGCCUGUUCAGAUUUAAACAUCUUGCAACCGGGAACUACUUAGCCGCAGAGCUUAAUCCUGACUAUCGAGAUGCUCAAAAUGAGGGCAAGACUGUGAGAGACGGAGAGCUUCCCACUUCAAAGAAAAAGCGCCAGGCAGGGGAGAAGAUCAUGUACACUUUGGUCUCCGUUCCGCACGGAAAUGACAUCGCGUCCCUUUUUGAACUCGAUGCCACAACUCUUCAGAGAGCUGACUGCCUGGUUCCAAGGAACUCCUAUGUGCGAUUAAGGCAUUUAUGCACCAACACGUGGGUCACGAGCACCAGCAUCCCCAUAGACACGGAGGAAGAGAGGCCUGUCAUGCUGAAGAUCGGAACCUGCCAGACCAAGGAGGACAAAGAAGCCUUUGCCAUCGUGUGUGUCCCGCUGUCUGAGGUCCGAGACCUGGACUUUGCCAACGACGCCAACAAAGUGCUGGCAACCACAGUUAAGAAGCUGGAGAACGGCAGCAUCACUCAGAACGAGAGGCGGUUUGUCACGAAGCUGUUGGAAGACCUCAUCUUCUUUGUGGCUGACGUGACUAACAAUGGACAGGACGUUCUGGAUGUGGUCAUCACCAAGCCAAACCGGGAACGGCAGAAACUCAUGAGGGAACAGAACAUCCUGGCACAGCGUCCCCAGAGACCCCGGAACCAUGUCAGAAGCAGUAGUGGGGAGAUUGUGGGAGCUGGAGGCCGGGGUGGGAGCCCUGUGAAAUGCUGUCUUCAGAACAUGACACGAUGCUGCAUUCAUGAACACGCAGUAGCCGUGCCAGCUGCCUGCGACCUGCACACACAGACAGCUUUCACAAGCCAGGCAAGCGAUCUCCCACAAAGCUCCACCCCAGCCUUCGGUUACAGGUUGGAUUGUGUGACGUGGAUACUUUUCCCUGACGUCUCUCCCUCUCCACAGGAAUAUAUCGCUAAGAACUUCUGCGUUAUGCAGUCCCAGAUUGGCUACGAUAUUUUGGCAGAAGAUACGAUCACAGCCCUGUUACACAACAACCGCAAACUACUGGAGAAACACAUCACAGCCAAAGAGAUCGAAACCUUCGUCAGCCUGCUCAGGAGGAACCGGGAGCCCAGGUUUCUAGACUAUUUGUCUGACCUCUGUGUGUCCAACAGCACUGCCAUCCCCAUCACCCAGGAACUCAUCUGCAAAUUCAUGCUGAGUCCUGGCAAUGCGGACAUCCUCAUUCAGACAAAGCUGGUGUCCAUGCAAGUGGAAAACCCUAUGGAGAGCUCCAUCCUUCCCGACGACAUUGACGAUGAGGAGGUUUGGCUUUAUUGGAUUGACAGCAACAAGGAGCCUCACGGCAAGGCCAUCAGGCACCUCGCCCAGGAAGCCAAGGAGGGCACCAAGGCUGACCUAGAAGUUCUGACCUAUUAUAGGUACCAGCUAAACCUCUUCGCGAGAAUGUGCUUGGACCGCCAGUAUCUGGCCAUCAACCAGAUCUCCACACAGCUGUCUGUAGACCUGAUCCUUCGGUGUGUGUCUGAUGAGAGCCUGCCCUUUGACCUCCGGGCAUCUUUCUGUCGACUCAUGCUCCACAUGCACGUUGACCGGGAUCCCCAGGAGUCUGUGGUGCCCGUUCGCUAUGCCCGGCUCUGGACCGAAAUUCCCACAAAGAUCACCAUCCAUGAGUAUGACUCUACCACAGACUCUUCCAGAAAUGACAUGAAGAGGAAAUUUGCCCUCACGAUGGAAUUUGUGGAAGAAUAUUUGAAAGAAGUUGUAAACCAGCCAUUUCCUUUUGGGGACAAAGAGAAAAAUAAACUGACAUUUGAGGUGGUCCACCUGGCCCGGAACCUGAUCUACUUUGGAUUCUACAGCUUCAGCGAGCUGCUGAGGCUGACGAGAACACUGCUGGCUAUCCUAGACAUCGUGCAGGCCCCCGUGUCGUCGUAUUUCGAAAGAUUAAGCAAAUUUCAAGAUGGAAGCAACAAUGUCAUGAGGACCAUCCAUGGCGUGGGAGAGAUGAUGACCCAGAUGGUGCUCAGCAGGGGCUCCAUCUUCCCGGUGAGCGUGCCUGAUGCACAGCCCAGCGUCCACCUCAGCAAGCAGGCGAGCCCCGGCGAGCAGGAGGAUGUGACAGUGAUGGACACCAAGCUGAAGGUCAUCGAGAUUUUACAGUUCAUCCUGAGCGUCAGACUGGAUUACCGGAUCUCAUACAUGCUCUCCAUAUACAAGAAGGAGUUUGGGGAGAACAAUGACAAUGGUGACGCCUCUGCCAACAACUCCCCAGACACUCUCCUGCCGUCAGCGAUCGUUCCCGACAUCGACGAGAUUGCGGCUCAGGCAGAAACGAUGUUUGCCGGAAGAAAGGAGAAGACCCCAGUCCAGCUUGAUGAUGAGGGAGGCAGGACGUUCCUGCGGGUCCUCAUCCACCUGAUCAUGCACGACUACCCUCCGCUGCUGUCGGGAGCCCUGCAGCUGCUCUUCAAGCACUUCAGUCAGAGAGCGGAAGUGCUGCAGGCCUUUAAACAGGUGCAGUUGCUGGUGUCGAACCAAGAUGUUGACAACUACAAGCAAAUUAAGGCAGAUCUCGACCAACUGCGGCUGACGGUGGAAAAGUCCGAGCUGUGGGUUGAGAAGAGCAGCAGCUACGAGAAUGGAGAGCUUGGGGAAGGACAGGCCAAAGGAGGCGAAGAGACCAAUGAGGAGUCCAACCUCUUGAGUCCGGUGCAGGAUGGCACGAAGACCCCACAAAUCGAUAGCAACAAGGGCAACAACUACCGGAUCGUCAAGGAGAUCUUGAUCAGGCUGAGUAAGCUCUGUGUGCAGAACAAGAAGUGCCGUAACCAACACCAGCGGCUGCUGAAGAACAUGGGGGCUCACUCGGUGGUGCUGGACCUUCUGCAGAUCCCCUACGAGAAGAAUGACGAAAAGAUGAACGAGGUGAUGGAUUUAGCCCACACCUUCCUGCAGAACUUCUGCCGGGGGAAUCCACAGAAUCAAGUUCUCCUUCACAAGCAUCUCAACUUGUUCCUGACUCCUGGACUCCUCGAGGCGGAGACCAUGCGGCACAUCUUCAUGAACAACUACCACCUGUGCAACGAGAUCAGCGAGAGGGUCGUGCAGCACUUCGUGCACUGCAUCGAGACCCACGGCCGCCACGUGGAGUACCUGAGGUUCCUGCAGACCAUCGUGAAAGCAGACAGCAAAUACGUGAAGAAGUGCCAGGAUAUGGUCAUGACGGAGCUGAUUAACGGGGGUGAAGACGUGCUGAUAUUCUACAACGACAGAGCGUCGUUCCCCAUCCUCCUCAACAUGAUGUGUUCCGAGAGGGCCCGCGGGGAUGAGAGCGGCCCCCUGGCCUACCACAUCACCCUCGUGGAGCUGCUGGCCGCAUGCACAGAGGGGAAGAACGUCUACACUGAGAUCAAGUGCAAUUCUCUCCUGCCCCUGGAUGACAUCGUGAGGGUGGUGACCCAUGACGACUGUAUCCCCGAGGUCAAGAUUGCGUACGUGAACUUCGUCAAUCACUGCUACGUUGAUACGGAGGUGGAGAUGAAAGAAAUCUACACAAGUAACCACAUUUGGAAAUUAUUCGAGAAUUUCUUGGUGGAUAUGGCAAGGGUCUGUAACACCACCACCGACAGGAAGCACGCAGACACCUUCCUGGAGAGAUGUGUGACGGAGUCAGUCAUGAACAUUGUGAGCGGCUUCUUCAACUCGCCUUUCUCAGACAACAGUACCAGCCUGCAGACCCACCAGCCCGUCUUUAUCCAGCUGCUGCAAUCCGCCUUCAGAAUUUACAACUGCACCUGGCCCAACCCGGCCCAGAAGGCCUCGGUGGAGUCCUGCAUCCGAGCGCUCGCUGAAGUGGCCAAGAAUCGUGGGAUUGCGAUCCCCGUCGACUUGGAUGGCCAGGUGAACACACUCUUCAUGAAGAACCAUUCAAGUACGGUGCAGAGAGCAGCCAUGGGCUGGAGGCUCUCAGCCCGCUCUGGACCUCGCUUCAAGGAAGCUCUCGGAGGGCCAGCGUGGGAUUACAGGAAUAUCAUCGAGAAGUUACAGGAUGUCGUGGCCUCCCUGGAGCAGCAGUUCAGCCCCAUGAUGCAGGCCGAGUUCUCCGUGCUUGUGGAUGUGCUGUACAGUCCGGAGCUGCUCUUCCCAGAGGGAAGCGACGCCAGGAUAAGAUGCGGAGCCUUCAUGUCAAAGCUGAUCAAUCACACAAAGAGACUGAUGGAGAAAGAAGAGAAACUGUGCAUUAAGAUCCUCCAGACCUUACGGGAGAUGCUGGAGAAGAAGGACAGCUUCGUGGAAGAGGGUAGCAUACUCCGGAAAAUCCUUCUGAAUCGGUACUUCAAAGGUGACCAUGGCGUCGGCGCCAACGGACCUCUGUCAGGGGCCUAUGCCAAGACUGCACAAGUGGGAGGAGGCUUCUCUGGACAGGACGCGGAUAAGAUGGGGAUUUCCUUGUCGGAUAUCCAGUGUCUGCUGGACAAGGAAGGGGCAUCCGAGCUUGUCAUUGAUGUCAUUGUGAACACCAAGAACGACAGGAUCUUUUCCGAAGGCAUUUUGCUGGGCAUCGCCUUGCUGGAGGGAGGAAACACGCAAAACCAGAAUUCUUUCUACAAGCAGUUGCAUGAGCAGAAAAAGUCGGAAAAAUUCUUCAAAGUCCUUUAUGAUCGGAUGAAGGCUGCUCAGAAAGAGAUCAGAUCCACGGUGACCGUCAACACCAUAGACUUAGGGAGCAAGAAGAGAGACGAUGACAACGACCUCAUGGCCUCGGGCCCGCGGAUGAGAGUGAGAGAUCCUUCACUUCACUUGAAAGAGGGAAUGAAAGGGCAGUUGACAGAGGCAUCUUCAGCCACAUCCAAAGCCUACUGUGUGUACAGAAGAGAGAUGGACCCAGAGAUAGACAUGGUGUGCCCAGGACCGGAAGCGGGAAGUGCAGAGGAAAAGUCUGCCGAGGAAGUUACCAUGAGCCCCGCCAUCACCAUUAUGCGGCCCAUUCUCAGGUUCCUGCAGCUACUGUGUGAGAAUCACAACCGAGAGCUACAGAACUUCUUGAGGAAUCAGAACAAUAAAACGAACCACAACCUUGUGUGUGAGACGCUUCAGUUUCUGGACUGCAUCUGCGGGAGCACCACAGGUGGCCUGGGCCUGCUGGGUCUCUACAUCAACGAGAAGAAUGUAGCUCUGGUCAAUCAGACCCUGGAGAGCUUGACAGAGUACUGCCAGGGCCCAUGCCACGAAAACCAGACCUGCAUCGCCACUCACGAAUCGAACGGGAUCGACAUCAUCAUCUCCCUGAUUCUCAGUGACAUCAACCCUCUUGGCAAAUACAGAAUGGACUUGGUGUUGCAGCUGAAGAACAACGCCUCCAAGCUUUUGCUGGCCAUCAUGGAGAGCAGACAUGACAGCGAGAACGCAGAGAGAAUUCUCUUCAACAUGAGACCCAAAGAACUGGUGGAUGUGAUGAAGCAAGCCUAUAACCAAGGACUGGAAUGUGACCACGGGGACGAGGAGGGAGGGGAUGACGGUGUUUCUCCAAAGGACGUUGGGCACAACAUCUACAUUCUGGCCCAUCAGUUGGCCCGCCACAACAAACCUCUGCAGCUGAUGCUCAAGCCUGGGUCUGAUCCCGAGGAAGGGGACGAAGCCUUGAAGUAUUACGCCAACCACACCGCACAGAUCGAGAUCGUGCGGCACGACAGGACUAUGGAGCAGAUUGUCUUCCCCGUCCCCAACAUCUGCGAAUUCCUCACGCGGGAAUCCAAGUACCGCGUGUUCAACACCACGGAGAGGGAUGAGCAGGGAAGCAAGGUGAACGACUUCUUCCAGCAGACAGAGGACCUCUACAACGAGAUGAAGUGGCAGAAGAAGAUCAGAAACAACCCCGCCCUGUUCUGGUUCUCCAGGCAUAUCUCCCUCUGGGGGAGCAUCUCCUUCAACCUGGCUGUGUUCAUCAACCUGGCUGUGGCCCUCUUCUACCCGUUUGGGGAUGACGGUGAUGAAGGUACACUUUCCCCCUUGUUCUCCGUCCUCCUUUGGAUAGCAGUGGCCGUCUGCACAUCUAUGCUGUUUUUCUUCUCCAAGCCUGUGGGUAUCCGGCCAUUUCUAGUAUCCAUCAUGCUCAGAUCGAUAUACACCAUCGGCCUGGGACCAACACUAAUACUUCUUGGUGCUGCUAAUCUGUGUAAUAAAAUCGUGUUCCUGGUGAGCUUUGUGGGAAACCGAGGCACGUUCACCCGAGGUUAUCGAGCGGUCAUCCUGGACAUGGCCUUUCUCUACCACGUGGCAUAUGUCUUGGUUUGCAUGCUUGGCCUCUUUGUCCACGAGUUCUUCUACAGUUUCCUGCUCUUUGAUUUGGUGUACAGAGAAGAGACCCUGUUGAACGUCAUCAAGAGCGUCACUCGGAAUGGCCGCUCCAUCAUCCUGACCGCGGUCUUGGCUCUCAUUCUGGUCUACCUGUUCUCCAUCAUUGGCUUCCUUUUCCUAAAGGAUGACUUCACCAUGGAAGUGGACAGACUGAAAACCAGAGCGCCAGUCACAGGUAAUCAUGGGGCUCCCACCAUAACCAUACCUUCCAUGAUGGAAACAUGCCAGAAGGAGAACUGCUCACCCAUUAUCCCUCCUUUGAACACAGCUGAUGAAGGCAGUGAAGAUGGAAUAGAAAGGACGUGUGACACCCUGCUCAUGUGCAUCGUCACGGUGCUCAACCAGGGCCUCAGGAACGGCGGUGGAGUAGGCGACGUGCUGAGACGGCCCUCGAAAGAUGAGCCCUUGUUUGCUGCCCGGGUGAUUUAUGACCUCCUUUUCUUCUUCAUCGUCAUUAUUAUCGUCCUUAACCUGAUUUUUGGUGUGAUCAUUGACACCUUUGCUGACCUCAGAAGUGAGAAGCAGAAGAAAGAAGAAAUUCUGAAGACAACCUGUUUCAUCUGCGGCCUGGAGAGGGACAAGUUUGACAACAAGACAGUCUCCUUCGAGGAGCACAUCAAGUCAGAGCACAACAUGUGGCAUUACCUGUACUUCAUCGUCCUGGUGAAGGUGAAGGACCCGACAGAAUACACAGGGCCGGAGAGCUACGUGGCACAGAUGAUCGCGGAGAAGAAUUUGGACUGGUUUCCCCGGAUGCGAGCCAUGUCCCUUGUCAGCAAUGAGGGAGACGGUGAGCAGAAUGAGAUGCGGAACCUGCAGGAGAAGUUGGAGAGCACCAUGAGUCUGGUGAAGCAGCUCUCCGGGCAGCUGGCAGAGCUGAAGGAGCAGAUGACAGAACAAAGGAAGAACAAGCAGAGGCUGGGCUUCCUUGGAUCAAACACACCCCAUGUGAACCAUCACAUGCCACCGCACUGACACCACGGGAGCAUGCCGUGACCAGCCUUUCAUCAGAUGCCCGCCUCAUCGCUGAAGGAAGGAUGGAGAUGCAGGGAGCAAACAGUGGCUAUUGUUGAAAAGCUAAAAAACAGCCAAGUGCCAAGAUGCCGAGCCAUUUAGCUCCCAGAACAAUCCGUAACUGUGUUUUCACGCUUGAGAAGACUCAAGCUAAAAAACAGCGCAGGGCACAGACUCUCCGGUGCAGCAGGAAGCCAGGCCAGGGGGUGGGGGGAAGACCUCCCCCCCUGCUCAAUCGAUAGGCCUUGGACUUGUCUCACAUGCUGACUGCAGCCUGUCACGGCUGGCUGGAAUUUAUUUCUUCGAAUUGCAGCAAACAGGUCAGAGGCAGGAAGCCACCCUUUGGUGGCUGGGAGUCUGACUCAAAAUUUUUUUUUAAAGAUUAAAAACGCAACUCCGAGAGUUAAAAAGAAAAUCUCAUGAAGCUUCCUAACCUUCCGUGUUCCUACUGGACAGCUUCUUCAUGGCCAUGAAACGUGAUGGGCUCAGAGUUCUACACACCUGGUGCUUCGGGGUUCACACAUCACACGCUGAACAGAUAACUGGAGGAGGGGUCACGGUCCCCAGGACUCUGUGCAGGGCUGCACAAACGGAAAGCCACAGAGCUGACUGAGAAUGUGCUUCAGGUCACAUGCAUGCUAAGAUCAUGGAAGAAGAGAAGCUUGGCCAGGAACUAGUGCUGGGUGCAGAUGCUAUUUAAGUGUACUGGUAUUAAAGCAACACUCGAAGGUGACAGAAAGCAUUCAGAAACUUGCUGUGGUGCGUUUGCCUUUCGAAAGCAUGGAGAGAAAGCAAGCUGGUUUGUAUUUGUGGUGCUUGAGGAGCUGAGUGUUUGCUCUCCCUGCGCCUGCGGGAGGGAAACCUAAGAAAUGCACCGGCCAUAGGAGGACGAGCAGAUUCCAAUGGCACAUUUAGGACUGUUACAGUAAUGGUAUUUCAACACAGAGCAGAUCAUAAUUCCUUCCCCCGAACUGUUUUCGUGUUGAAUCUUGAAACCAGAACUUAUCGAGGCGGAAAAUAACCUGGGUGGGUAGAUUAUUUGGGGAGGCUAUGUGAGGCGGUAGAGCCAGACAGAGACGAGCAAAGAUGGAAUCUGCUCUGUGGCGAGGCCCCACCAGCCAAGGCACUGCACUCUGAGCCAGGCUCUUCCGGUGGACCCUCAGGCCUCCAGAUCUUUCAGCCACCAAGGGCCACAUGGCAUUUCUCACAACGAUUAAAGCUUUCAGGUGUUUCAAGACAGUUUCAGCUGUUGACUCCUAAAAAAAUCCAAAUCCCUGGUCUAUAUAUACAGCCACGCUGUACAGGCAGGAAGCCCGCGUGGACCUACCUUCUGCUUCUUAGGUGGAGCCUUGGGACCCAGGACAAUGCACUAACUCUACUGGUACUCAACCCACAGACACUAAAACCACCCUAAAUUAAGACGUGCUCUUGGACAGGGCAGUGAUUCUCUUAGCCUGAAGUUGGAGGAUGCUGAUGCCCGGGACGGAAGACGUUCUGGGCUCAUACAGUGGCAUGCUGACCUUUGACCCCUGUCCGAGAUUUGGCGCAGUCACCUUUAAUUCUUUGGUGUCACCAGAAUUAAACUAAGGCCCAAGGAAGCCGGGCAAGUGGGCAGGCUGCGGAAGGGAAGGUGUGAGCUGCGGUGCCGUGAGACCUGACGUCCCAGCCAGUGCCGCUGCUCACUGUAUUUUCUCCAGGGGGAAACACCCGAAAGAGAAGCCGCCUACUGAGGCUCUCGCUGUGUCUAGUGUGUCUGUUAUUUUUCUUUCUUCCCUUUCUACAAGCUUAAAGAUUAUGAAACAAAAUUUUAAAAAGCAAAUGAAACAAAAGGCACUUUCUAGGUCCCUGAAUUCAUCAAAAUAUUAAAAAAGGCAACUUGA